CUUCUCACAACUUGCUACGACCGCUCGUUUACUUGGAUUCCUUUGCCAACGGAUAUAUCACCGGAAGGGGUGGCGAGGGCUAGCGGAAGCCACGUCGCAUCCACACCGCACCAUGUUCAUCGCAGGCGCAGUGGCCUCACCGGCGGCGGCUUGCUCGCUCUCACGCUUUGGCUUUCAACCCGCUGAGGUUGCCAUAUCCCACCCCAAACUACUCUCCUCCAACUGGCGGCCGCCCGUGGGACGGCCCCUCCUUCCCACUCACGGACGAUUCAGCUGCCGAAGGCUUGUGCUCGUUGCGAGUGCCGCAGAUUCCACUCAACCGUCCUCCGCCGCCGCUGCCAAAACAAUCGUUCCCGACAAUGGUUUCUCCUUCUCCAAGGUCUCUUUCGGUGUUAUUGGUUUGGCUGUAGGUGGUAGUCUUCUCUCAUACGGAUUUGGUGCAUAUUUCACUAUUUUCCCUGGCUCAGAGUGGUCAGCUAUACUACUUACAUAUGGAUUUCCUUUGACAGUCAUUGGUAUGGCAUUGAAGUAUGCAGAACUUAAACCGGUGCCAUGUAUAACUUACAAUGAUGCAGAGGAUUUGAGGGAAAAAUGUGCUACUCCUAUUCUUAAACAGGUAAGGAAUGAUGUUACACGAUUUCGUUAUGGUGAUGAGCAACACUUGGAUGAGGCAUUGAAAAGGAUUUUCCAAUAUGGUCUGGGUGGUGGGAUCCCACGACGAAGUGCACCAAUCUUGCGGAUGAUACGUGAAGAAGUAACAGAAGAUGGAAGAUAUUGCUUAGUUCUAGUGUUUGAAGCAAAAGCUUUGAGAUUGUCUGAUUUUGAACAAAGACAGGCAAAAUUCACAUCGUUCUUUGGACCAGGAAUUGCUGCAGAAAUUGGGAAAGGAGGAGAAGCUGAUUUUUACGAAGUUCGCCUUAUCUCGCAGACGACUUCAGAACCAAGUUCACAAUCAUAACUUUCUCUUUAAGCUACUGCAUACAGUACUGAUGUAAAUUUCUCAUUUCACUCCAUUUCUUUCAAAAUGCUUGUUUUUAGUGUGAAUGUAAAUGAUGUGUCACAGAUAUAGUGCUGAAAAAUUUGAAGUCAUCAGUCAAAUUUAUCUGAUAGUAUCCUUUGUUCUUACCUUCUCAGUUUUAUUUACCAUAAUAGCGAAGAACAAAUGUAUAAUGAUCUCACUGCAGUAUUGCUGCCAUAAUUAACAAUGUAAGUUUGCCCCCUUGUAUUUGAAUCACCAAGUGUUUGUUUUCCUGGUUGUUAUA